UGACUACUUCAUGAGUCCUAGCCUACAUUGCCAGCCCUUUCUCUGGAUCAUUUCUACCCCCAAACUUUUGUAUUUAUAUUCUUAAAAAAUACUCUUUUCACACAUUUUCUGUAUCUUGCCUUUUUAAUAUGAGACUAUAUCUUGGGGAAGGAUGGUAUCUGUAUACAGAGUCUCCCUCCCUCCUCUCUGCCUCUCCAGGGAACCCGGUUGUGCAGUUGAGCCUCCUGCAUUCACCCUGGACAUUCAUACCAAGACUGUUUAACAUCCAGGUCUUUAUUGAACUGCCUUUGCACACAUGAGCCAAUAUUCUAAUGGUCCAGUUCAAGUGAGAAUAUAUGGAAGAGCAUAAGCCUUAAAAAGUGAAGGACAUGGUAAUGGUGACACGUUCAUCUUCCUUUCACUCUUCAUUUCUCUGACUUUAGUUAAAAUCCAUACCCUGCAGUUUCUGAUGCCAUGCUGUCCGCUGGCUUGGACAAGAGGAUUGUGUUGCUCACUCAGACAGGAAUUGGCCUCCUGGGAAAUAUCUUCCUCUUUUGUCUUUAUACCUUCACUUCCCUCACCCAACAUAAUUUUAGACCCACAGACCUCAUUCUCUUGCAGCUGGUCUCAGCCAAUUGUGUGAGUCUUUUCUCUAAAGGCAUCCCUCAGGCAAUGGCAGCUUCUGGAUGGAGGUAUUUCCUGGAUGAUAAUGGGUGUAAAUGUGUCUUCUAUUUUUACAGCAUGGGCAUAGGAGUUUCCUUAAGAACCAUCUGUCUCUACUUUGGCUUCCAGGCCAUUAAGCUGAACCCCAGUAUUUGGAGGUGGAUGGAGCUCAAGAUUAGAUCCCUAAAGUUCAUUGCCUUCCUCUGUUCCCUUUGCUGGUUCCUGCAAAUUUUGAUGAAUUCAUUUGUUCCCCUGGCAAUAAAUGGUCCCUUGAACGGGAAGAACUUCAGUGUGGAAAAUAAUGAUGUGCACUGUUCUUGGCAUAGAAAUGAGGGUUUUGUAGGCUCAUUCACUACAGUGAUUUAUUUUUGCCCUCACUUUAUGAGUUUGGGCUUCGUAAUCUGGGCCUGUAGCUCACUGGUUCUUGUCCUGCACAGACACAAGCAGCGAGUCCAAUGCAUUUGCAGCAGCAGACUCUCCCCCAGACCUUCCUUUGAGGCUAAAGCCACAUGCACCAUCCUGAUCCUGGUGAGCAGUUUUGUUACAGUGUAUUCAGCCUAUUUAAUUUUGUCAGUUUAUAUAGCUCUACCAACAAAUCAAGGCCAGUGGAUGCUGAACAUCUCUGAGAUUGCGGUAUCAUCUUUUCCAUCAUUCUUCCCCUUUGUGCUCAUCAUCAGUGACACCCGGAUCUCUCAGUUCUGCUUGCCCUGCUGGAAUAGGAAAUGCAUUUCUUAAUCUGGUCCUGGUUCCAUCAGUCUCUUCUCAGUGUCAUUAAAUAUUCAUCCCAACAUUUGUUAAUGUUUGGGGACAUCUGAAAUGUAAGGAAUGUGUGAUGCUGUUGCAAACAAGGGCAGUCAUGUGCCUGCCUGCAUCAGUGCUAACAGGGAGCUAAAAGUGAACAUCACUUGUAUAAUGAAACAAAAAAUCCUUAUUCUAAUUGUUAUAUUCUUCAGUAGGGAAGGCCUGGACACUGAAAAUGCAAUAAUGGAGGGAAUAUUCCUCCAUUAUUCCUGAAUUUAAGGCCCCCGGGAAGUCUAUCACUUUGGGCGUCUUAGAGAGUCCUGGAAACUGUUUUACUUUUCUUUUCUUUUGUUUAAAUAUAUUUUCAAACAUUGUUGAGUUCAUCUUUUUGUGACAAGGAAAAAUUACCUGUGAAGACCCAUGUGAGAAAGACAUGUACAACCUCAUGGGAGUGAGAUGAAUCCUGAAUGUUGGGAGUGUGGAUAGAUGGGAGCACAGCAGAACUGAAGGUGAUGGAUGUUCUGGGUAACUGCUGAGGACAGUCUGAGAAGUCUGAACUUUCCUUUGAGAACAUUAUGGACAGAGGAGGUAAACAAUCUAGCGGGUAAAAAAGAUGUGCUUUUAAUUUCAAAUUAUAUAUAAACUCUAAAUAAACUAAUCCUGUUUUUCUAGUAAUACUAUAACUAUUAUUUAGCUAAAAUGAAAAGUGUUUCAUAUGAAUUAACUCUCAAAGGAAACACAUGAUCAGUUUCUCAUGGGUCAUUUUAAGUAUCUAAAUAAUUUAAAUUGUUUUUCUCAUCUACGUUCACCUAAAUCAAAAAGUUCAAGACUUUCAUAUCCUAAAAUAACAGCUGUAUUUUUCUA